UUACAGAAAAGUUAGUCGUUGAUCAAGUUCCGAGCAAUAAACAUGGACUUCAGUGGUGUAUAUAACUGUGAUAUUAGAGUGAAGGAGGAGCCAAAUGAUGUUUCCCCAAUUGAAAAUUAUGAUUAUCAGAUAAUUGACAAUGCACACGAUGCGAACACUGAAGGAUCCUUGCGAUGUCGAGAAAAUUUUACUCUUGGUUCUGACGAUGUCGAAGUAGAAUUCGAAUGUAAGGACGAGAAGCUCGGCAUUAACUUAUUAGUAGUCAAGAAGAUAGAGGACGAUUAUCCAGAUCAUUUGCAGCAUAUGGAAAAUAGUUACGACAAUCAAACCCAAAAGAAAAUUAAAAAAGAAAUUGAGGACGAAACAAAAGAAGAAUUGAAUUCGGAUGGUGAACUCAGUGAUGUUUUUGAUGCAAAUGAAAAAACAUUUGCUCAAAAAAGUCUACGCGAAACCCAAACUGAUAAAUUACACAAUCGUGCCAAACAUCCAUGUAAUAUAUGCGGUACGAAAUUUGCACGAAAAGAUAGUCUCAAGAUCCACAACGACGCAGUUCAUAAUGGUGUCAAGCAUGCGUGCGUUACAUGUCGAAAAACAUUCACCCAAAAAGGAGAUCUCAAAAGACACAUCGAUGCAAUGCAUAAUGGUGUUAAACAUGAUUGUGGUAUAUGUGAAAAGACAUUCACACAAAGAGGAAAUCUCAAAAUGCACAUCGAUGCGAUGCAUAAUGGUAAGGCACCUACUUGCGAAGUGUGCGGAAAGAAAUUCGCAUUCAAGAGUGGUCUCAAACUCCACAUGGAUGCAGUGCAUAAUAAGAUAACUCACGCAUGUGAUACAUGUGGCAAAAUAUUUACGAUGAAAGAUACUCUCAAGAAACACAUCAAUGCGACGCAUAAAGGUAUGGCACCUACUUGCGAAGUGUGCGGAAAGAAAUUCCUAACCGAGAGUUCACUUAAGCUUCACAUCGAUGGACAUAAUGGUGUUAGACAUGCAUGUAGUAUGUGUGAAAAGGCAUUUACAAAAAAGUUUUAUCUCAAAAGUCACAUUGAUGCGAUGCAUAAUGGUAAGGCACCUACUUGCGAAGUGUGCGGAAAGAAAUUCGCAUUCAAGAGAGGUCUCAAACUCCACAUGGAUGCAGUGCAUAAUAAGAUAACUUACGCAUGUCAUACGUGCGGCAAGACAUUUACUCGAAAGGACCGUCUUAAAACUCACAUUAAAACGCAGCAUGAAGACAUUGCAUGCGUUAUCUGCGGAGAAAAAUUUAAACAUAGGAAAUAUCUAUACAGACACAUCAAAAGUGAGCAUAAGGGCAAUACCCAAUCACGAGAUCACAGCAAAAGAUCAUAGAACGUCUAUCAGUACCACGCAAGAUGAUAAAACAUCGAGACAAAUGAGUAGCUGUAAAACUGUCAUCGACAUAGCGCAUCACUCACGCAUUACCACCCAAUAAAUGUAUAAAAUGUACUUUGAAAUUUUGUAAAAAACAAUUACUAUUAUAUUUUGGAUCACUUCUAUGUUUUUCAUCUGACUGCUUAAGAAACGAUCAAAUUUAAAUAAAUUAAUAAACUUCCCCGACGGAAAAUAAAUCUUUCAAGAAAAAGUAAAAGCAGUAACUAUAACCAUCAUAUUAAAUUGUAAAAUGUAAUAAAAUUUUAAAACAAUGUAAAAUUACUAGCGAUUUCGGACAGCCAAUGCAUUAAAUAAGGCAGCAUAAAAUCACAUUUUUUUACACUUUUUUACAUUUUCUUCAAUAUGCUAUCCGCGUGUGAUCGCAUCGACCGCAGCAAGUGAUUUUCGUGAAAAAAAUACGCGCUUG